UAUUGCAUAGCGACAACAGUCUGGAAAGCUAACUAGCAAUUCUUGCGGUUUGAUUUUAGUGGUAUAUUUUGAAAUCUUAACAAUAAAAUGACUUCAAAAAAAGAUUUUCGUAUUUUAAAACUCUACGCCUCUUUGGAAUAUAUAAACGAUAAUGAUGAUAUGGAGAGAAAAAAGCUUGAAGAAAUUAAAUCUAAUUUUACAUCGUUCUUUAAAGAUCUAAAUAAAACAGGAAAAAAAGAAAACAAACUAUUGAAAAUAGUUAAGAGUAAAACCUUUCUCCAAAAAGCAGAAAUAAAGGUAGAAGAUUUUGAGGAUAUCACAGAAAACAAGAGGAUAAAUGGGGAGUCGCUGUUAUUUCGUGCAAUGUCAGUCAAAAAGGGAAGUGGUUUGCGAAAAGACACCCUUGACGAAAUUAUUAAAUUAUUGAUUGAGAAUAUUCCGGAUCUCAUCACUUUGGAACAGUUUCAUGAAUCCAAUGAGAGUACAGGAGUUACCCCCAUUCAUCUUGCCGUAGUGCAAGAGAAUCCAGAGCUCCUAUAUUUAAUGGCAAAAAGUAUAGAAAAUAGUUUUAAAGGGGUAAUAAAAAACGCAACCGGUGAAAAAUUUCAAGGCACAGUAAUGAUGGCUGGAUCUCUACUUGGCAUUGCUGCUUUGAAAUGCAAUGAGAAAAUAUUCAGCAUAAUUCUUGAGAAGUUUGAUCAUGAGAUGGAUGUUACAAAUGAAAAAGGUGAUAAUAUUAUCCAUUCUCUAAUAAAGUAUGCUUGUUUUCAACCUGAUAAACUAGACUCAGUACUCAACAUGUUAAGAUACAUCAUAUCUUGCAAAUUUCUUCCAAAUGAAUCGGGAAAACAGAAAAACAAAAUCACGAAUGAAUGCGGAUUUUAUGUGGAAAAUGACAGCAAGUACAGGAAGCAAGUUGGAAAACUAUUGAUGAUGAAAAAUAGGGAAAAGCUUACACCACUGCAACUGGCAACUAAACGGCAGCAGUUCAAAAUAUUUGAAAUUAUACUGAACCAUGAGGUAUACUUAUCACAAGAAACAAAUUGUGGUAUUUUUCAAAGAAACCAAUACGACAUCACUGAAAUAGAAACACUUGCAAUGAAACGUGACGUCAAAGGAGAAGAUAAUGAGGACAUCAAGGCCGAGCAUCACGAAUCUGUAUUGGAAUUUGUUCUUCAUCAACAAACAACUAACGCUUUUCUGUUUUCAAACGUCACUCCUUUGAAAGAAAUUAUCAAAGAAAAAUGGAAUUACUACAAACAUUGGCUUCAUGGAAGCUUUAUAGUUUAUUUGGCUUUCAUGGUUCUUCUGUCUAUUUCUGCUGUUCACAGGUCACAUUUAAAAGAAACAGUGAACAAAAAUGAUACAGCUAAGUAUUUGAACAAUGUAACGAAGAAUGUCUUUGUUACUUUUGUUUCAGUUCUUGGUCUCUUUUUUGCUGCUGUAACAAUAGUUGUCGUCAUAAUUAUAAAAACUUUUUACGCUAACCGUUUUAGUUCAAAAACGUCUACAAAGUUUUGGAGAAGAUUAAGGAUGCAUUUAAGUUUGCCAUAUUCAAAUUUCAUGUUCCGGGUGUACUUUUGUAUUCUUAGUGGUCUUUUGGCGGCUGAUUUUCUUUUUGCGGCACUUGAUGCUCAUGAAAUUCUACCUGGUUAUGAAAAUUAUUGCUUGAUCUUUGCAGUUAUUAUUGGUUGGUAUCUUGUUUUAUUUUUUCUUCAGACAUUUAAGAAGAUCAGUUUUUAUACUGUUCUUGUUCAGAGAGUUAUAACAGAUAUGUUAAAAAUGGCUUGUAUUAUGGUCAUAUUUCUCAUAGCAUUUUCCAUUGCAAUGUACAUGAUAAUGCAAGGAGCUGAUACCGAUCAGGACGAUUUUGAUGAUUUAGGAAAAACAAUUGUUAAAAUGAUAACAAUAAUGCUUGGUAUCGGAGAUUUAGAUAUACUUUUUCAAGCAAGGAAACCCAUAUUAGCUGUGCUGGUAUUUUUGCUAUUUGUUCUUCUUACAACCAUUCUUCUAUUAAAUGCACUUAUUGCAAUGAUGUCCAAUACUUGUACAGAUUUGAUGAGCAAUCAAACUGGUUAUUCAGCCUCAAAAAUGCAUUAUCGUCUCCAAAAGUUGGCUAUGAUUGUGUUUCUUGAGGGUUUUUUUCACGAUAAAUUACUUAAACGGGUCGGUGAUACCAAAACUGUCAAAAGGUAUGACAAUGAGGUAAAACAAUAUAAGAUGAAAGAUCGUUCAUUCUGGACACAAAAAAUUGUAAAGGAAGAAUUAGAAGCGGACAUUGAACCUUCGGACGAGUAUUUGCAACAUAGAGAUAGGACAGAUAUUUUAAAGAACGAACUGAUCAAAACGAUUAAACAGAGACAAAGCAAACUACCAAAAGUAAAGAUACCUAAAAUUCCGAAACAUAAAGUUUCAGAUACAUCAGCUUUUCCUUCGGAAUUCCAGACAGUACAAAAACGCCUUGACAUCAAAGAUUAUGAGCAAAGACAAUGUGAACGAUGUAUGGAUGAAAGAGUGACAUGUUUGCAGUCACAAGAAAUUAAAGAAGUCACAGAAUUUAUUUAACAUUUUGUUAGUAGAUACAAAUUAAGAUUAUACUCGAGAUAACCUAUGGCCUAUUACGCGUGUUACACUUACAUUUUACAUUAGAACCUAAAGUUCGCUCUAUAUAGUUACCCAUUU